CAGAACCCAUGCUGCCAUUGGGUCCCGAGCCCGUCUAUGUCACCUGUCCGGCAUGUCAUGUCCAGAAAUUGACACGCAUUGAAUACGAACCAAGUUCACGAACACAUUUAAUGGCUGCCUUGCUGUGUCUAUUUGGACUUUGGUGUUGCGUCUGUUUGCCGUACUGUGCUGGCAGCUGCAUGAAUGCCCAACAUUAUUGCGGAAAUUGUGGUAAAUUUUUGGGCACCUACGGCAAUACCCUGUAG